AUGCACGACAGCACAAAGAUGCGCAGCAAGUCAGUGCAGUCCAGCAGUGCCGACUCCGCGUAUCCGCUCGAUGACGCUAUGUGUGCGAGGGUGAAGCAAAAGCGUCGAGCGGCGCUUUUCAACAUGUGGGUCUGGAGCCCACACUUGCAGCAGGCUCUCGGCGCUGCACUGUGCUUGGCGCCACCGGAGAGCGUGUCCGAUUUCAGCGCCGCGGUGAAGGCGAAUAUGCUUGCUGGCGAUCUCUUUAGCAGCGCACGACUCACCCCAGUCGCGGGGGGCUCGUGGCGGUCGUGCGGCAAUGUUGACUCCUUUUGGCAUAUAGCAGCGCCCACCACGUCUGCGAGAAGUAACACUCGAGAGGGACAGACAGCAGCGCGCUCUCCUUGGAACACUCGAUGUCGCGUCCUGCAGCCCCCCUCUUUUUUAUUAUUGAGCCCUUCCUCUUUUCUCGCUGUGGACUUCAGCUGCCCACCUCCAUUCCCCCCGCUUUUCUCGGUCUUCCCUACGUGA